GUGGCGCCGCUGCCCUGGCAGAGUUCGCCACUCCUUCGUCGAGGCAGGACGUGCGCCCGAGCCCCGCCAAACCGAGGCCACCCGGAGCCUUGCCCAGCCCACGCCAGCCGUGCCCAGCGGCCUUGAGACCCAGACAGCCUCUGCCUUCUUCCCCCUUCCACCCGGAGUCGCGCUCCGCGCCCCCUCACGGCAGCCCCUGCGUCUCCGGGACCUUCGCGCGCCGCCGCCGAAUCGCUCCUGCAGCAAAGCCAACAUGCCCAUCACUCGGAUGCGCAUGAGACCCUGGCUAGAGAUGCAGAUUAAUUCCAACCAAAUCCCGGGGCUCAUCUGGAUUAAUAAAGAGGAGAUGAUCUUCCAGAUCCCAUGGAAGCAUGCUGCCAAGCAUGGCUGGGACAUCAACAAGGAUGCCUGUUUGUUCCGGAGCUGGGCCAUUCACACAGGCCGAUACAAAGCAGGGGAAAAGGAACCAGAUCCCAAGACGUGGAAGGCCAACUUUCGCUGUGCCAUGAACUCCCUGCCAGAUAUUGAGGAGGUGAAGGACCAGAGCAGGAACAAGGGCAGCUCAGCUGUGCGAGUGUACCGGAUGCUUCCACCUCUCACCAAGAACCAGAGAAAAGAAAGAAAGUCAAAGUCCAGCCGAGAUGCUAAGAGCAAGGCCAAGAGGAAGUCAUGUGGGGAUUCCAGCCCUGAUACCUUCUCUGAUGGACUCAGCAGCUCCACUCUGCCUGAUGACCACAGCAGCUACACAGCUCCGGGCUACAUGCAGGACUUGGAGGUGGAGCGGGCCCUGACUCCAGCACUGUCGCCGUGUGCUGUCAGCAGCACUCUCCCCGACUGGCACAUCCCAGUGGAAGUUGUGCCGGACAGCACCAGUGAUCUGUACAACUUCCAGGUGUCACCCAUGCCCUCCACCUCUGAAGCUGCAACAGAUGAGGAUGAGGAAGGGAAAUUACCUGAGGACAUCAUGAAGCUCUUGGAGCAGUCGGAGUGGCAGCCAACAAACGUGGACGGGAAGGGGUACCUACUCAAUGAACCUGGAGUCCAGCCCACCUCUGUCUAUGGAGACUUUAGCUGUAAGGAGGAGCCAGAAAUUGACAGCCCAGGGGGUGAUAUUGGGCUGAGUCUACAGCGCGUCUUCACAGAUCUGAAGAACAUGGAUGCCACCUGGCUGGACAGCCUGCUGACCCCAGUCCGGUUGCCCUCCAUCCAGGCCAUUCCCUGUGCACCGUAGCAGGGCCCCUGGGCCCUUCUUAGUCCUCUAGGCAAGCAGGACCUGGCAUCCUGGUGGAUAUGGUGCAGAGAAGCUGGACUUCUGUGGGCCCCUCAACAGCCAACUGUGACCCCACUGCCAAGUGGCGAUAGGGCCUCCCCUCUUGGGUCAUUGGCCUCUCAGGGCCUGGCAGGCCAGUUGUCUGGGUUUUUCUUGUGGGGUAAAGCUGGUCCUGCCUCCUGGGAACAUGAGGUUCUGAGACCGGUGUGUCAGGUCAGGGACUUGGACUGGAGUCAGUGUCUGGCUUUUUCCUCUGAGCCCAGCUGCCUGGAGAGGGUCUUGCUGUCACUGGCUGGCCCCUAGGGGAACAGACUAGUGACCCCAGAAAAGCAUAACACCAAUCCCAGGGCUGGCUCUGCACUAACAGACAAUUGCACUAAAUGAAUCUUGUUCCCAAAGAACCACCCCCUUUUCAGCUGAGCCCUGGGGACUGUUCCAAAGCCAGUGAAAUGUGAAGGAAAGUGGGGUCCUUCGGGGAGAUGCUCCUUCAGCCUCAGAGGAGCUCUACCCUGCUGCCUACUUUGACUGAGGGGCUUGGGAAAAAAACUUGGCACUUUUUCUUGUGGAUCUUGCCACAUUUCUGAUCAGAGGUGUACACUAACGUUUCCCCCGAGUUCUUGGUCUUUGCAUUUAUUUAUACAGUGCCUUGCUCGGCGCCCACCACCCCCUCAAGCCCCAGCAGCUCUCAACAGGCCCAGGGAGGGAAAUGUGAGCGCCUUGGUUUGACUUAAAAUUGGAAUGUCAUCUAACCAUUAAGUCAUGUGUGAACACAUAAGAACAUGUGUAAAUAUGUACAUGUCUUUUUAUAAAAAGUAAAUUGUUUAUAAGGGGUGUGGCCUUUUUAGAGAGAAA